GACUGCAGUUUCUAAGUGGUAUGGCUUCCUCAAAGUUGUGUGUCAUCUUUGCAGUUAUUUUGAUAGCAUCUCACGCAUUUGGAAGCCCAGCAUUGUACAUGCAUGGCACACGGAGAUUUUCAAAGGUGAACCAAGCGUACUUAUUGAAGUGUGACAUUUACAACUCUAAAACGGUUUAUGGUGACGUCAGUUUCUUACGUCGCCACGGAAGAAAUACUGAGACCAUGGUCACUAUAAGGCAGGGUCAAUCGUUGUGUUCCAUCUCGUAUGAGAAAAAGCCCAAUAAGUAUAUCCCACACUGUGGUCAAGGAACACUCGAUAUGUCGAGCGAAAUCAAGUCCUAUACCCUGGCUAUCACUCGUCUUGGCCCUGAUGAUUUCACUUCCUGGUGGUGUUCGUUCUACCUCCGCCCCAGGGGAAUUUACAUAGACAGCGGCAAGUUUAAUGUGAGAGAACACCGACUAUUAAUAGAAAUAUCUGCUGUUCCGUUCACGGCCCUACUAACACAAAAAGUGACGCUUAAGUGCAUGGUACUUGUAGCGAACGACCUGACGGAUGAGAUCGUCUUCAUGAAGGUCAGUGGUCAGACUGACGUCACCGUCGGCCAAGUAGCCCAAUACUCCCAGCACUGCGGCAACGUGCGUGGUACACGUGGCUAUCAGCCAUCUUGUGGGCAUGGCUCUAACAGGAAGACCUCGAAGGUGAAGGCCUACACACUGGAGAUAGAGAGUGUGGGAGAAGACGAUUUCACAGACUGGUGGUGUCAAACCAGAGUGGUUAGAGCAGAUCACGACAUUUUCACUCUGAGACGAACCACAACAGGCCCAAGAAUGCUCAUGUAUGCCAGGCCUAUGCGGAAAUACUCAAAAGUGUACCAAGAGUACUGGCUGAAAUGUGACUUACACAAGGCGAAGAUGGUUUACGGUGAAGUCAGUUUCUUACGUCGCACUGGAAGAAAUGUGUCCACCAUGGGCACUAUAGAGCAGGGUCGGUCGGGCUGUUCCGUCUCGUAUCAGAAAGAGGGCUACCGGUAUUUCCCGCAAUGCGGCAGUGGCACAUUCCUUUCAUCGAUAGACCUGAAGCAGUACACCCUGUGUAUCAGGAGCCUCUCGUCUGAAGAUUUCACAAACUGGUGGUGCACAUUCUAUCACCGCCCCAAAGGAAUGUAUAUACACAGCAACAACGUGAAUGUGAUAGAACAAGUGGUAUUGAUGGAACUGUCUGCUGAACCUGCCACUGCCCUAUUGGAACAGAAAGUCACGCUGACCUGCACAGUGAACCAAGCGAACGACUUCGCCGCUGACGUCAUCUUCGUGAAGGUCAGUAAUCAGACGGACGUCACCGUCGGCCACAUCAUCCAAUACUCCGAUCUGUGCGGCAACGUGGACGGUACACGUGGCUAUCGGCCAUCAUGUGGGCGUCGCUCGAACACCAAGAACUCGAUGACCAAGGUCUACACACUGGAGAUAGAGAGUGUGGAAGAAGAAGACUUCACAGACUGGUGGUGUCAAACCAGAGUGGUUAGAGCGGACCACGACAUUUUCACUCUCAAACGAACUGCAACUGCACAAAGGCCAAGCUUUAAGACUUCCUCGGGAUCAGCCUUACGGUCACGUGCUAAUCAACAUGCUGCAUCAAGUUCAAACACAAGUUCUCCUCAAUUCCAUACAACAGUUCUACAUAAAAGUUCUUCCCAGUUUCCUGCAUCAAGUUCAAAUAGAAUUUUAAGUGCGAUUCUAAAUCAACCACAUAGUCUAAAUUCUGGUCCAAACACUCCAUCAAGUUCAAACAGAAGUCCUUCUCCAAGUUCAAAUAGAAGUCCUUCUCCAAGUUCAAAUAGAAGUCCUUCUCCAAGCCCAAUACCAAAAUCAAAUAGAAGUCCUUUUUUGAGUCCUACACCAAUAUCAAAUAUAAGUCCUUCUCAAGGUCCUAGACUAAGUUCAAAGAGAAAUGCUUUUCCAAGUCCUACAACAAGUUCAAAGAGAAGUCCUUCUGAAAGUCUUGCACCAAGUUCAGUUGGAGUUCCAAUGCCAGUCUCAGGUUCAAAGCAUAGGUUUAAUGGUGAAAUGACUACUGGCAUCAUAUCGGCGAUAGCGAUUACCACACUGAUAGCUGCUGCUUUCAUUGCCGCUUGGACAGCUAACACGAGGAAAGAAAAUAAAAGAGAAGAAGAGCAAAUAAUAGAAAUGGACAAACAAGAAAAGGGUGAACUCAACAGGUUGAAUUAAAACAGUAUGUUCUCAAGUUGAACUCAAACUGUCCUCAAGUUGGACUCUGUGUUCUCGUGUUUAAGUCAAACUAUGUGUUCUCAAAUCAGGGUUUCUGCCAGAGGGUAAAACGCGUUUGGCGCCAUACCCAAAUAUUUAAUUUUUUAAGUUAACCGUUUGACAAAAUUAAUGACUCUUAUCAUUAGUGUAUGUGUUUCUUAACCCCAACCCUAAACUUAACCCAUUUUCUUUCUGGGGGAGACCCUCCAUACCUCCUGUUGACUGUGGUUGCAUUUACUUCUAUAACGCCACACGCAAAAUUUUCUUUCUGGCAGAAACACUGUGUUCUCGAGUUGAAUAAUUUUUAAUUCAAACUGUUUUCAAGUUUAUCUUGGUGUUCUAAAGUUGAACUCUUAACAUUGUGUUCUCAAGUCGCAGUCUGUAUUCUCAAGCUGAACUCGGAAGUGUGUUGUCAAGUUGAAGUCAGUACAUUCUCAGUCCGCUGUUUUCAAGGUGAAGUAAUUGUGCUCAUUUUUAAUUCAAGGUUUCCUCAAUUUGAACUCAAACAAUUGAAGUCAAAACGUGUUCUCAAGUUUACCAGUUGGUUCUCAAGUUAGACUCAAGCUACAUGGACAUAUUCUCAUGAUAAUAUCAGUGUCAAGUUAAACUCAGUGUGUUCUCAAGUUGAAAGUAUAUUUCUCAAGUUGAACUCAAAACUCUUUUCUCACUUAUAACUCAUUGCUUUCAAGCUGAACUCAAAGCUGAGGUGUAUUUUCAAAUUAAACCUAAACUGUGUUCUCAAGCUGAAGGCAGUUUUCACGCAUGAGAACACUGACUUCAGCUUGACGUCAGUCUUCUCACGUGUGGAAGCUGUAUUAGCAUUUUAAUAAAAACAUAUAAUAAACAUAAA